AUGACACUGACACCAGUUCUCUUAUUAUCCUUCUUCUCUUCUAUUUGUAACUCCAACUCCACUCCCGGUGCUAAAGGGAAUGGGCUGCAGUAUGGAAAAUAUUGUGAUGAUGAGGGAGAUGGUAGUGAAGGAGGAGGUGAAAAUUAUGGACCAGGCGAAGGCAGUGGCAAUUGUUAUGAUGAUGGUGAUGCUUGUGGUACAGAAAGGGGUGGUGGGAAAGGUUUGGGAGACAAUGGUGGUUCUAACUCCAGCGGAGGAGGAGGUGGAGGUGGUGGUGGUGGUGGUGGUGGUGGAUCAGGUGGAUAUGGGGGAGGUUUUGGCUAUGGAGGUGCAUAUGGAGGAGGAGGAGGCGGUGGUGGUGGACGAGGAGGAGGAGGUGGAGGUGGCGGUGGUGGAGAUAAUGGAAGCCAUGGACGCUGA